AACCCUCACAACUUUCCACACAGGAGCAAGCUCAGACACAUAGAAAAUCACAUUCUACAACACACACGAUAGGCUUCUCGUAAACCAUGGGUAGCGCAUUUGUUACGACGACGCCACGCAGAUCCAGGACUGCGGACUCGACGAAUACAGCGUCCACAUCUCUUACAGAGCUGUCUCUGACACGAAACUAUAGCAGUUCCCACGACACAGUUCCUGAAGACGACGACCGCGAUGAAUAUGGCAUGGACGGCUCUCUGCUACAACAGCUUGAUAUGGAUAAAGACGAGGAAGAGGCAUGGAGAGCUGCCGCCUCGCCGCGUAAGGUUUCAUCGUCUUCGGAGUCGACCCCUAACACACGGCAUAAGAAGCCACUACACGUCCCAGCUUCAUGCUUCCCAUCACUGAGAGGGCGUAUUCCAUCAUCAACACCGACAACGCCUGUUGAAUUAGAGACAAAGAUACACAACGUGGAAAGAGCUCAGGUACAAACGGCGAGAGAGGGAGUACGGUAUAGCAUCUACGUUAAUGACAGCGAUUUUGAGACUCCAAAAUCUUCGAGAUGGAAGGGGUUAUUCAGACAUAAACAAAGCAACUCGAUAUCUGAGGUGUUUACGAUACCGAAAAGAGCUAAACCGCAUGCCCACAAGUCACAUAAACCUUCAAAGAGUGCAUCUGUUUUAGAGUAGAACAACACGCCAUGCUUUGGUCUAUAUCUUUCCCAAAACGCUGUUGUUCUUGCCGUUCUGUUUGUUGAUAUCACUAUAGACUGUAUUCUAUAUAACCACUAAUGAUUGUUUUCUUUUGUUUUAAUCCACAGCACGGGAAUGUUGACAAAAAGUUUGGGUAGGUAAAUAGUUACAACUUGUUGGAAUGUCAGAGGAGCAGUCCAACUCGAUGAGCAUGAGGGCAGGCAUCGAUAUGCAUGAUACUAUUUACAACAAGAAGCAAUGAAG